CUUGGAGCAAGGAUUAAUAUUAAUUUAUCAUAAUAUUUUUUCUUAAACAGUUUUAAAUUCUUAUAAUGGAUCCCUUUGGAAAAUUAUUUUUACUAACACUAUUAAUAUUAUGCUUAAAUAUUGUUUGUGUUUAUUGUUUUCGAUGUGAUAGACGACCGUAUGGAUCUACAACUCAGUCUUCAGCUUCGGAUGGACGAUUUCAACUAUCGGUGCAAGGUGUUGAGGAUGGGUAUAUACCUGAGCAGUUGUACACCGUUCAGAUAAGUGAAACUGAUGGAAAAUCAACAUUUACUGGUUUUAUGAUAUCUGCUGAAGGUGAUCUAAAGCAAGACCCUGCUAAUCCCAGGAGAAUAAUAUCUCUUUCACCGGGACAAGUGAGACCGCAAAAUUCAAUCACUACAAAAUUUAGUGAUCGAUGCUUGUAUUCUGUAGAACACACUAUGUUGGCGCCAAAAUCGUCUGUAGAGAUCUAUUGGCAAGCUCCUAGUACGAAUAACGGAUGUGUUACAUUACGUGCCAUGGUGGUUGAAAACGAAGAUGUCUGGUAUGAGGAUGGUUCGCCGCUAACUCAGAAGAUUUGUGAAGAUUUGAGACAGCCAGACGAUAUAAGUCCAAAGUUCAAUUACGACUGUAAAAUAUGUAAUGAAGCAAAAUACGAAGUUAGUUUUACAGGCAUAUGGUCUAGAAACACUCAUCCUCGUUUAUAUCCAGAAAACGACUGGAUUCCUCGCUACAGUGAUUUAGUAGGCGCUUCGCAUGCUGUUGACUAUAUUUUGUGGUCUCCUGGAUCUAUGGCUACUGAAGGAUUCAAAGAACUCGCAGAAUAUGCUAAUUCCAGUAAAUUGGAGGAAGAAAUUCGGGAAAAGAUUGGCGACGGUGUUCGCACUUUAAUUAAAGGUAAAGGACAUGGUUAUCGCAAAAUGAACAGCCCGACAUACUCCUUCUUCAGAACUGACAACAAAAAUCACCUAUUCACAGUUGCAAUUGCCAUUUACCCAUCUCCAGAUUGGUUUCUUGGAGUAAAUAGAUUUGAAUUAUGUCAGGAGGAUGAUACUUGGCUACAGAAUAGGGAAUUAGACCUAUAUCCUUGGGAUGCGGGUACUGACAGUGGAGUCUCGUAUGAGUCGGUUAAUAUUGCGACUUUUCCUCAAGAUGCUAUUGCAAGGGUUCAGCUAAGUUCUUAUGACAAAAACUCGCCAUUUUACGAAAUGGAUGCAAAAGAUCUUCAUCCAUUUGGCAAAUUGCACAUAAAAUUGAUAAGAAUAUAUGAAAGAGAGUGUGGGGAAGAAACAACAGAAUCAUCUACUGCUUCAACAAACGAUGUAACGACGGAAGAAAAUGGCGAUGGCAACGAACCAUCAGAACCAGAAGAACCAUCCAGGUACAGCAACUCAGAAUUAAGUACCGGUCGUCGAGGGGGUGAGGCACCAAUAGUAACCGAUCCGGAAUCUUCAGAGGACUGUCCAAUGUCACAAUGGCAAGAAUGGAACCCAUGUGACGGUCCUUGUGAGAAUGGAAAAGUAGUUGGAUAUAAAUGGCGAGAGAGAUAUCAUUUAGUCGAUGGAAUACCUGUGGAAAAAUAUGAUCCAAAUGUUGAUCCAUCGACCUUGAAAGAGGUUCCAAGUUUUUGUAAAAAUCAUUAUGAAGAUUUUGAAAGGGAAGAUUGUGAAGACGAUUGUACGGAAGAGUUUGAAGAGGAAGCUAAUGUUGAAAGAAGAGUUAUGGUGCCAGUCGCCCCCGGAAAUAAGUGGAGUGCAACUAAAAGGCAUUUGGGAAGCAAGGAACAGUUGUAACUUGUUGUUUCUGUUAAGUUGUAGUAGAUUUAUUUAUAUCACCUUUAAAAUAUUCUACUUAGAUAAAAUAAUUUUGCAACUUUGUAGAUAAUAGUUAAGAAACGAAUAAAAUAUAUGUCUAAGUUAGGCAUA